AGAGCGAGAGAGAGAGUGAGAGAGAGAGCAUUCCCUCCUCACUUCAAAGCUGAGCUACUUGAAAGUGCUCUCAGACAGUUGUCCUUCCCGCGCAGAGAGAGAGAGUGAGGAGAGAGAGGACCACUCUCACCUCGACCAUCACCACUAUGCCUCGAGGAUUUCUGGUGAAGAGGACCCGCCGGUGCUCGGCUUCAUACCGGAGCAGAAACAACAGCAGCAACAGGGCAGAAACAUAUGAGGGCGAUGGCAGCAGCAUCAGCAUCAGCAUCAGCAGCAGCAGCAGCAGCAGCAGCACUGAUUCUUCGCCGCCGGCGCAGGAAAACCACAGCCACGGGUUGAGUGUCUUCCACUUUCACCGCACGGACGGACAGCUCCCGGUGUCCCGCGAAGACUUAGCCGCCGCCGGCGUCAGAGAGGCGUGGAGCCCGCACGUGGAGUCCGCACUGGAAGCGGAGGCGGACAGGCGCGCGCAGUUACCGGAGACCGAGGAGCAGGUGAGCGAGGUGGACGUUGUGACUCCCGAGGAAGAUUUCCCCUGCUUCUUCCCGCCUCCUCCACCUCCACGAGACCUGUCAGUGUCGGAGUCCUGCAGCCCCGUUAAACCGGUGGGCACGAGACUGCUGGAGCGGCACGAGGACGCAGAGAGGCGCACGCCGUUCCCCAGCAGGUGCCCGGCACCGGAGCUGCCCUUCAUGGUGAGUUCCACCCCGACCUCCAUCCCCGCUUCUAUCGAGAGGCUCCUCGCGAGCAACAGCAGCCACCACGCGCCAAACUACUGUAACAAAGACAAAUAUGACCCGAGUCAGACUCACGUGCACUUGUUCCCGCCAAUAACUUUAAUGAAGCAGGAGCAGCAGCACGCGGAUAGAAAGCGCUCGUUCAUUCAAGCGGAUCAGCGCGUGAACAACAGACACAACAAACAGUCAACAAACACGCCAAAGAAAGCAAAGUUCAACCGGAAACUCAACUUCGAGGACGAGGUGACGACCUCGCCGGUGCUGGGUCUGCGAAUCAAGAAGGAGAGUCCAGAGCUGAGGAGGCAGCGGGAGAAAUCGUCGGUGAACACCGGGAAUCAGCCGCUGAGAGAGUUCAUCUGUCAGCUGUGUAAAGAGGAAUACUCUGACCCCUUCUCCCUCGCGCAGCACAAGUGCUCCCGCAUCGUGCGCGUGGAGUACCGCUGUCCCGAGUGCGACAAAGUCUUCAGCUGUCCCGCAAACCUGGCCUCGCACCGCCGGUGGCACAAACCGCGUCCCGUGAACAACGCGGGAGGAGACGCCGUCACGCACAAAAGCCAGCCGCUAAAGGAGGCUCGAGGACUAAUCGCACCGCACGAGACGCUGGAGAUGGAGAUGGAGAUGGAGGGCAAGGAGAACGAGCUGCUGCGCGUCAACACGCAUCAGCACCACAGAGCGAUGGACAGCUCCCGCAACGUCAGGCUCCUCAUGCACGCGCGGUCUCGCGACAUCCCGGACAGCGACAGCCUCGCACCUCCUCACUACGACACCUCGCCUCAUUACCGGCUCCCGGGAGAGAGUUGUCUGCAGCAGCAACAGAGAGCGUCGGACAGUCCACCGUCCAGCCGCCUCCUGCUCAACGGAAGCCCGGAGGAGCACGCGGAACUGCCGCAUCAGCAGCAACCGCCGUCGCUGUCCUCGCUGCCGCAUCCUCCUCUCUCGUUUGUCCAGUCGUUACCGGAGGAGGAGGUGUACGAGUGCCGGUACUGCGGAAAGAAGUUCCGCCGACAGGCUUACCUCAAGAAACACUUGGCCGCGCACGAGGUGACGGCGGGAGCGUCGCCGCCUGCGUCACAGUACGGCCAGGCGCGUGAGCACAGCGGCGGGAAGAGCCAGGUGUGUCUGUGUCACCUGUGCGGCGCGCGUUUCCCGUCGGUGGAAAUCAGGGACAAGCACCACCUGUGGCACGCGAUGAGGGACGAGUUGCUGGCGGGAACUCUGGGGGGAGGCAGCGUGUUCCACGCGUACAGAGAGGAGAGCAGCAGCGGGGACUGUGAGCAGCAACAACAACAGCAACAGCAGCAGCAACAGCAGCAGCAACAGCAGCAGCAGAUCUUCACGUGCAAACACUGUCCGUCCACAUUCUUCAGUUCACCGGGGCUCACGCGACACAUCAACAAGUCUCAUCCCACCGAAAACCGGCAAGUGAUGCUGCUGCAGAUGAGCGUGCGGCCGUAGAGACGCACGAGACUGAGGGGAAACAGCAGGUGAUGGUAAAUCAGUUGUAAUCACAUCACGUGUAACAGAAUCAUGAUUCCAGAUCAGUCACUGUUUAAAGACCUGUAACUAAUGCCAGUUUAAGGUGGAACUGUCCGCGGUGCUGAAACGAAACUUGUACAGAUCCACCACACGCGCUGUCCAUGGUCCUGAAAAACAAGCCGCAUUUGGUUAGAUGAGUUAUCUUUGAAAUUAUCUUGGAGGAAAAGUCUUUUUUAAUUUUUAUCAUUAAUUAAACUGAAAGUAGAUGAUGAGAACAGUCAUGUUGUUGAAUUGGAAGGGAAGUAAAGUGUCUACUUGUUCCCUUUAAAUCUCAAAGUCAAAGUGUGCAGAUCAGCCACAACAUAAAAGUCACUGACCAGUUUGAGUUGAUUUGUUGUAACGAGGUUGACCGUCGUAUGUAAUAGUGACUUAUUUAUCUGUUACUUCUAUACAUAGAGCCCAGUCUUUCAUUAUUAUUAAAUUCUAAAACAUGUUACAUGAGACGCUUCACUUAACUUGUGGCAGAUCAAUCAAACCCUCUUGGCCACACACACACACACUCACACGCACACGCACACACACAGUAGAUGUCUGUGGCCAAGUAAUCAGAUUACACUAAUGUUUGGGAGCACUUGAGUGGCUUACGUUACAUCACAGAAGACCUGCGAGCACAUUUAGAAAAAUGUCCAAACUCAUUUUAAAGAGACAACUUCAUGUACAGUAAAAGAACACAAAUACAAUCACGGGACCAUAACAUGCCUUUUAUAGUAAAUGUGCCAGUUAAUCUCUCACAUAUUUUCAUACAAUAGAACAUUAAAUGUUAGUACUGCUGGUAAAAAAAGAACAUGUCUUUUGUGUUAAAUGAUCAUAAAAUAGUGUAAAAAUAAAAUGAUGUAACUGUGAUUCCUACAGUACUAUUUUGAUAUGUUUGGAGUUGAACGUGAAAUUUAUUCUACACUAUUGUCAAUAAAUGGUACAAACAAUGA